UUAAAUGUUUGUUAAAUUCUCAGUAGCGAUAACUAAAUGAUAAGACAUAGUCAAGAUAGAAAUAUCUUGACUUUGUCUUUUAUGAAAACACGAGUGUUUCAGAUUGAAUUAGAGUUCUGAGGUCUGUGAUGAAUAAAUGAAAAUAUAAAGGAGAUCUGGAAAAGAAAUCUACCUGUCUACUUGUCCGCCUGUCCACCUGUCCAUCCGUCCACCUGUCUAUCGUCAGUAUGUCUUCCUCUGCAGGUUCUCCACCAGUUUUGCAUACUACGGUUUGGCAAUGGACCUGCAGAAGUUCGGGGUGAGUAUCUACCAGAUACAGAUCAUUUUUGGAGCUGUUGAUUUUCCCGCCAAACUGAUGGCUCUGGGCAUGCUCACUUACCUGGGGAGGCGGGUCUCUCAGGCCACCUGUCUGUUCGUGUCUGCUGUCAUCAUCUUCGCCAACAUCUUCGUCCCCACAGACAUGCAGACCAUGAGGACCGUGUUGGCGUGUCUCGGUAAAGGUUUCACCUCCGCCUCCUUCACCACCGUCUACCUGUACACUGGAGAGCUCUACCCAACCGUCAUCAGACAGACAGGAAUGGGCUUCGUCUCCACCAUGGCCAGAAUUGGCAGCAUGGCGGCCCCUGCCGUCCUCAUCCUGGACGAGGUAUUCCCUGCUCUGCCCAGUAUGGUGUACGGGGGGUCAGCAGUGUUGGCCGGCUGCUUCGCCUGCUUCCUGCCAGAGACGCUUAACAUUCCGCUGCCCGACACCAUCGAAGACGUGGAGGAGAGAUGGUCGGUAACAAGCCCCGCCUCGCGAAAAGAAGAGGGCGUGUCUUUGAAAGAGGACGUGGACAUGUGUGUUGGGGGCGUGGCCUCAACUGAAGACGUGACUUUAAAAGAGUUGAAGGAAGCUGAAGGGACGGGCCUGAAUGCCCUCUGACCAAUCAGACGGGUCCACUGAACCCCGAUCUAUCAGACGGCUGAACCGAACCAGUCUGAAUAAAGAGACUCAGAUGUUUGAUUAUAGAUGAUUGAUUAGUUAUAAGUUAAGUUAAAACUAAUGAUAAAUAAAUCAAUAACCAAUAACAGUGUAACACAAAUAAAACUGUGAUUAAUAUCA